AUGGCCUCAUACUCUUCCGUCAACAUCUCCUUCCCAGGCGCCUGUCAUUUUGCUAAGUCAACUUUCAGCUCCGAAAAGCUUCAAAGCAAUUCACCUAACCACUUCAAGAUGCUGCAGGAUUCCAAUAUGGGUGUUGCGAUCAGGUGUCCGAAGCGUAUGGACAGCCGGUGUUCAUACUUGCUCCCGCCCGGGGUGUGCAACCUCUUGAACCCUUCAACCAUCUAUGCCAACAACGAGAUCUCGCUAAGCACCAUCGAGGUCUACGGCUUUGACUAUGACUACACCCUGGCGUUGUACUCCCCUGCGCUUCACUCCCAGAUCUACAACACUGCCCGGGACAUACUGGUGGAGCAGUAUAAGUAUCCGACGGGCAUCCUGAAGUAUGAAUACCAGCCCAACUUUGCGAUCCGGGGUUUACACUACGACAUGGCAAAGGGCUUGCUCAUGAAGAUAGAUGCCUUUCACUACAUCCAGCUGGGUACUGUGUACCGGGGUUUCAAACCUGUUCCAGAUGAGGAGGUACUGGAGAUGUACGAGGGAACCCAUCAUAUCCCCCUCCACCAGGCGAGUGGCUUCUAUGGCAAGGGCCCGGCUAUCAAGCAAUUCAUGGACAUCUUCUCCCUGCCGGAGAUGACCCUCUUGGCCGUAGCCAACGACUUCUUCAUCAGCAACGACAUCGACUACGACCCCGUCCAUCUCUACAAAGAUGUCACGGACGCCAUCCGAGAUGUCCACAUUAAAGGUUUUAUGUACAAGUGGAUCAUGCAGGAUCUAGAGAAGUACAUUCUGCGCGGAGACGAGACUUACGCUGUGCUCCACCGCCUGGCCAGCAGCGGCAAGAAACUCUUCCUGAUCACCAACAGCCCUUUCAGCUUCGUGGACAAAGGGAUGCGGUACAUGGUGGGGAAGGACUGGCGCGACUUCUUUGACGUGGUCAUCGUCCAAGCAGACAAGCCUCAUUUCUUCAACGAUUGUGUCAAACCUUUCCGGCGACUGGACAGCAAUGGUGACCUUCAGUGGGAUAAAAUCAAGAAGUUGGAAAAGGGGCAGGUGUACAAGCAGGGCAACCUUUUUGACUUCCUCCGACUGACGGGCUGGCGUGGCUCCAAGGUCCUGUACUUCGGAGACCAUCUCUACAGUGAUCUGGCGGACCUCAUGUUGCGCCACGGCUGGCGGACGGGGGCCAUCGUUCCCGAGCUGGAGAUGGAGACCAAAGUGGUGAACACCGAACAGUAUUCGCAAGCACUCACCUGGAUGCAGGCCUUAACAGGGUUGUUGGAACGCAUGCAGAUGUACCAGGACCCAGAGUCCCAGCAGGUGCUGCAGGACUGGAUGAAGGAACGGCAGGAACUCAGGGCGCUCACCAAGAACCUCUUCAACCCUCAGUUCGGGAGCAUCUUCCGCACGUGCCACAACCCCACGUACUUCUCCCGCCGCCUGUGCCGCUUCUCGGACGUCUACAUGGCCUCGCUCAGCUGCCUGCUGAAUAACUACACCUUCUACCCGAGACCCACCCCACUGCAGCAUGAGGCCCCCCUCUGGAUGGACCAGCUCUGCACCGGCUGCAUGAAGACGCCCUUCCUUGAAGAAAUGGCGCACAUCCGCUAGGGGCCGAGGGGAGGUGAUGGGGGGCCGUGCCCCUCGGCUCCGGGAUCCCUACGGCAGCCGUGGGCUGGUUACGGCCAAGCUAACUGACAUUAGGAAUCCUGUCGGUCCACCGACGUGUUUUUCCAUUUGCAAAAAAACCCAAAACCCGAGUGCGUACAAGGAGUUGUCGAGGCGUGGUGGAUCAGUGCUAAAUCAUGCCGAGUGUGUGUUUCAGAAGCGCCCGGCUGGAUCGGAUUAAAGGCCUUCUAGUUC